UCCCAGCAUUCGUGAGGCAAGGGCAGGUGGAUCUCUUUGUGAGUUCGAGGCCAGUCUGGUCUACAUAGUGAGUUCCAGGCUAACCAGGGCUGCCUCGUUGAGACCCUGUCAUUUAAAAAAGAAAAAAAUAGGUAAAAAGACUCAGGUCUUAAUGCCUAAAAUAGGACUGUUUAUAAAAUUUGAGGGUUUGGGGUGUAGCUUAGAGUGAAUGGAGGAAGCCUUGGGUUUGAUGCCUAAUCCUUCAUACACCAUCAUGACAGAAGCCUGUAAUCCUGAACUCAGCAGGCAGAUAAAGAUAAAGCCGGCAAAAUUUAGACCACCCCAAGAUACAUAAGACCCUGUUCAAAAAUGUAAAAUUUGUUAAGCUAAGGGAGAAGUUAGUCAGUCCAGGAGUUAGAAUAUGAAAUAAGUCUCAAAGCAGUCUACAAACUGACAUGUGCUACAAACGAAAGCCACUGGGAAUUGGAAAAUGCUAGUCACGGGUGUGCAUGUCUUUAAUCCCAGCACUCCAGAGGCAGAGGUAGGUGGAUCUCGAGUCACAAGCCAGCCAGGGCUGCGUGGUGAGACUUGGCCUCAAUAAGUAAAAUUUUAAAAGAUUUUAAGUUGGGAAAGUUUGUGGAUAAAGUACAUUAAAGGUAAAUUUUCAGUUGGUAGAAAAGCUGAUACAUGAGCUUCCAAAGGUAGUAACUGUUGGGGGCAAAACUAAGGAGACAUAAUUAGGACUCGUGCUAUUGGAGCAAUAAAGUACAGACAGAUGAAAGGCAUUCCCCUCAAUGGUGGAAAGCUAGGCAUGUUGGACGAGUUUGUAAUUCCAGCCAGCACUUGUGAAGCUUAAGUAGAAUUUUGAGUUUGAUGAUAUAGCAAGACUCAAAACAAAACAAAACCAGGGGUGGUGGUGUGGAGAAACGGAGAGCAUGCACUGCUUUUCCAGAGAGACUGAGUUCCUAGCACUCCACCAGGCAGCCCCCAACUGCCUCUAACUCCCAGCAACUGAGGAGCCAACAUGUCACACAGGUGUAUAUACAUAAACAGUAAUUUAAAAUUUCUUAAAACUCAAGGGAGCAACUUGAAGAGAGAAAAAAGUUGAAACUUUAAAGGAAUUACUGACAAAGCAGAAGACCAAGCAAGAACUCAAGAAAAAAAAUCUAUUGAAAGCUGUAGCUAGAUGCUGGGGUGUAGCUAGCUUACCUAGUAUGCGCGAAAUCCUGGAUUCCAUUCCUAGCACCAAGUAAAACCAGGUCGUUCUCAGCUGCCUACUGAAUGUGAGGCCAGUCUACAUGAGAGCCUGUCUUUAAACGGAAGAAAAAAGAAAAGUGCAAAAAACUGUAAUGAACAAGAGGAGGCAGUUAAAACUGCUUGGGCUGGAGAGGUGGAUCAACAGCUAAAGAGUGCUUGCUGCUCUUCCAGAGGACCUGAGUUCAAGUCCCAGCACCUACAUCAGGUGGUUUACCACCACUUAUAAUCCAAGGGAUCCAAUCCCUCCCUCUGCUGGCCCAUGGACGCCUGCACAUGCAUGGCAUUUAUUCACAUAUUUGCACACACAUGGCAUUUAUACACACACCAUGUAACAAUAAUAAAAUUUCCAAAUGAAUGAAUGAAUAAAAAAGUGUUUCUGUUUUUAUUCUGACAGUCAGAUAUGACCAGAAGGAUGCCAAAGGUAACCAUGAUUGUUUUGAAACUAAUGGUUAAUAAGUUCAUAUAGAUUAAAAUGUGUAUACACUGAAGAAAAUCUUUUUAUCCUCAAGUUUAUUGCCUUGUGGUUGAGUUCAUGGAUGAUUUGUGAUAAAGCAAGUCUGUUAAGGCAGGUAUGCUCCAAUUCCCACCCCCUUUUUGGAGAUGAAGAUCUCCAAGUUUAAAAACGGGGUAAUACAAACAUGAAGCUUUUUUUUUUAUCCAAAAGAUAAAAAUUUCAUCUAAUGUCUCCCUUUAGCUGGCUCUUAUGCCUCCUAAUGAAUAGAAAUUUCUGGACUCUUUCUAUGAACUUGAAAGACAGGGGUGUACUGAGAGUGUUUAUUUGAAUUAAUUUGUUUUGUUUUUAUUUGAGUUAAUUUAAUGCAUUUUUCUAUAUGUUUACAGAUGGGGUGUGAGUGGGUUUGGUUGGAUUCUGGACAAGACUGUCCCGAUGACUCUGAGCUGAGCAAUGACUACAGGUCCCUCUUCAGCUCCUGGGACUCCAGUCUGGACCUUGAUGUGGGCAGCUGGAGGGAAACUGAGGCUCCAGAUGCAGAGGCUGAAGACCUAGAGGAAAGCAACCCAGAGAGAGAAUCUAGUGAGUGUCUUAUGGAAGAUGUCGAGAGUGAAGAACCUCAGGAGGAGGCAGAGCAAGGCAGCAGCCAGAACCUCCUCCACUCCCUGUCUGAGGGGGAGGCUCAGCAAGACUCCAAAGAGGAGGACCAGGGUGAAGGGGAUGCUUCAGAUGUGGAAGACCAGCCCCCUUUAGGUGACUAUGAUGAUGGCGUGGGCAUUCAGGAAACUCCCCUGGUGGAUAUCCUUUACAACUGUACCAACUCCUCACAACUGAAUGACCUAAGCCAAGGUGAUCCUAUUCAGGAUCAUUUCCUAUUUAAGAAGACUCUUUUGCAAGUCUGGAAGAUGAUUGCCAGUCACAGGUUCAGCAGUCCAUUUCUGAAGCCUGUGUCAGAAAAGCAGGCCCCAGGAUACAAGGAUGUGGUGAAAAGACCCAUGGACUUAACAACCCUGAAAAGGAACCUGUCUAAGGGACGUAUUCACACCAUGGCUGAGUUCCAGCGGGAUCUGAUGCUGAUGUUCCAGAACGCUGUGAUGUACAAUGACUCUGAUCAUCACAUAUACCACAUGGCUGUGGAGAUGCAGCGUGAAGUCUUGGAGCAGAUCCAGGUGCUGAGUACUUGGUUAGACAAAAGGAAGGACUUGAGUAGUCUAGAGUGAGUGCCAGCGAAUCCAGUGGAUGAAGGAAGCCUGUUCUGUUAGCCUGGAACUGCAAGUCUGAAUCUUUCUCAAGUUUAUAGCUCUCCUGAAGACUGGCCAGAGAAGAUCUGAAGACUUACUCCUUCUCCAUUACCUACCCUAAUAAGGAUAAGAAGCCCUACUUCCCUGAUGAGGAGUCAAUGGUGCUUGCAGAUAUAUUAUUUUUAAAGGGGUGGGGGUGGGGUGCUGAGAUCCCGAUUUAUGAUGUAAAUAUUGCCCAUAUUUUUGUUGU